AUGCUAUUCCAGCGAAAGGCCAUUAUAAUCGACGCUCGUGGUCAUCUACUCGGAAGACUCGCGUCGAUUGUUGCUAAAACUCUCCUUCAAGGACAAAGAAUAGUUGUUGUUCGCUGUGAGGAGAUUAACAUUUCUGGCUCGCUUUAUCGUAACAAACUAAAGUAUCAUGAGUUUCUGCGCAAGCGAAUGAACACGAACCCUUCACAUGGUCCUUACCACUAUCGCGCUCCGGCCAAAAUUUUUUGGCGUACCGUCAGGGGAAUGUUGCCCCACAAGUUGUACCGAGGAAAGGAAGCCCUAUCCAGACUCAAGUGUUUUGAGGGUAUCCCUCCUCCUUAUGAUAAGAAAAAGCGCGUUGUUGUUCCAUCCGCUCUCCGCGUUCUCCGCUUGAAACAGCGUAGGAAGUUCUGUACUCUCUCCAGGCUUUCUUCUGAGGUCGGAUGGAAGUAUGAAAAUGUGAUUAAAAAGAUGGAAGCUCGCCGAAAGGCACGAGCUGCUGUUUGGUACAAGAAAAAGAAGUUCGACGCAAUUCCCGACCAGGUUGCCCGAGGAAGGGCCCGCGAAGCCAUCAAACCCUACAAGGCCAUUCUCAAGAAAUACGGCUACUAA